GGAUUGUUCGUCGCCCCGAACGACAAAACCAAGGUUCGUCGAGAGUUGCGAAAGAUGGAACGCAAGACCGCGGGCAAGGGAUGGUUCGACAUGAAAGCCGUGGAGUAUACUCCAGAGUUACGCAGAGAGAUGCGCAUGCUCAAGCUUCGCGGGGCGUACGACCCGAAGCGUUUCUACAAGAACGCCGAUACCUCCAGGCUGCCGACGCACUUUCAAGUCGGCACCGUCGUCGGCGGCGCCGCGGACUUUUACUCCGCCAGGCUCGCCAAGAAGGAUCAAAAGCGCACGCUCGCGGAAGAAAUCAUGCACGACAAAGACAUCGAGCACGUCAGACGCCAUCGUUUCGCGAAGAUUCAAGAAAAGAACGCCGGAAACAUGGGCCGAAAAGCCAAGCGUAAG